CGUACUUCCGUUAAAAACAAGCACUGUUCACUAAAAAAAAGGUCAAAACAACGCAAAGUCAAGAGAUCAAGUGGUCGUCAGUAUGCAGUUAACACGGUUGUUGUGCUAUUACCAGCACAGGAUGAAAGUCCCGGGUCUCUUAUAUGCAGGUAAAAAUAAAUUGGUGAAACCUGUCACUGUUGAGAAGAAGAGACAAGCAUUAAAUCAAUUACUUUUACAGAAACAAAAUCAUGAUAUUCUGAGCAGACCAUAUUUAUCAAAGGAAGUGUCAUCUGGUCAUACUAAAAAUUCGGGUCAAAAACUGAGAAGAUUUGAGGAAAUCAUUGCUAAGAGGAAACAUAAAAUGUUACCCCAUUGUUCAUAUGAGACUGAAAUAAGAAGAAGUUUAGAGCUGAGAAAAGGCUGGGGAUCUAUUAAGUGAUUUUGGAAAUGAUACUAAUUUUUUUUAUUUACAUAGAAACAAUGACAUAAUGUAUGCAAAUCAGUUUUAUAGUUGUUUCAUUUGGAAAACAACUUUGAGUGUAUGAAAAUAGCUCUUUGAAAUGGAGCAUAAAGUGUGUUAGCCUAUUAAAAGAUGUCGCUUAUAUGAGCUG